AUGAAGAAGUGCGAGUGUGAAGAAAAGCGAGUGUGCGGAAAAGCGAGUGUGCAGAAUUGCGAGUGUGAAGAAGUGCGCCCAGAUUUACUCAUCCACCUGCAUAAAUGUGGUUUACGAUCAACAGGAACUGUCCGUAAAGACAGAGUGAAAGAAAAGCAUGAAUUUGCAAAAAAUGAUCCGCGAGGAUCGUACAAAGUAAGUCAUGAUCGCAUCAGUGCGAUGAAUUUUAUCAGUGUAAUAGACUCAAAACAAGUCUCUAUUCUUUCCAUAAUCCCAGUGAAAAGAUUUUCACGAGCUGCUCAAGAGAGAGUAGAACUAGGAUUUCCUCGAGCUUUUUCUUUGUAUAAUAAUUACAUGGGAGGGGUAGAUUUGCACGAUUUCAGAUGCAAAAAAGCUUCUCCAUCUAUUACUUCAUAG